AUGAAGACAGAAGCAAGAAGACGAAGACAGAAGCAAGAAGACGAAGACAGAAGCAAGAAGACGAAGACAGAAGCAAGAAGACGAAGACAGAAGCAAGAAGACGAAGACAGAAGCAAGAAGACGAAGACUGGAGCAAGAAGACGAAGACUGGAGCAAGAAGACGAAGACAGAAGCAAGAAGACGAAGACUCAAGGAAUAAGAUCAAAACUGAAGAGAAAAGACGAAGACUCAAAAGUGAAGACGAAGACUCAAGAGAGAGAAGAGAAAGACAAAGAAGACAGACUCAAGAAAGAAGACAGACUCAAGAAAGAAGACAGACUCAAGAAAGAAGACAGACUCAAGAAAGAAGACAGACUCAAGAAAGAAGACAGACUCAAGAAAGAAGACAGACUCAAGAAAGAAGACGAAGAAUCGAGAAAGAAGACAAACUCAAGAAAGAAGACGAAGAAUCGAGAAAGAAGACAAACUCAAGAAAGAAGACAAACUCAAGAAAGAAGACGAAGAAUCGAGAAAGAAGACGAAGACUCUAGAAGGAAGACGAACUCUCGAGAGGGAAAACGAAGAACAGGAAGACUGAAGAUGAAUACGACGUAA